AUCACGUAAUCGAGAAGUAUUGCUGCAUUAUUUACUGGGAUUCUGGUGAAAUAGAUAGAAAAGAUGAUGCUACUUAAGAUGUUGAUUUGCCUCUUGGUCGUCGGGACCUUUGGAGAAAAGCCUCCUUGCACUGAGGGACCGAAUGGGGAAAAGAUGAGAGAGCUCACACUAAAGCAACCUAAAGUAGAGUGCUACCGAACCGUAUGCAUUAAAGUAAAGGACAAUGGUGAGAGAUACGAUGAAGAUGAGGCUAAUGAAGAAGUUGAGGAGGAAAAUGACAGCACAACUGAUGAUGAUGACGGUGAGGAUCCUGAGAUUGACAAUAGUAUCGCGGGAGAGGGGGAGAUUGAAAGUAAUUGUAAUGACGAAGAUGAGUCUACCAAGCGACAUAAUAAAGCUGUGAAAAGACGACGUAAGAAAAAUAAGCACAAGCUCCACGAGACUGCAGAUGAUAAAAAUGAGGAAGAUGAAGAAUCUGAAAUACAGGAUGGAGACAUAAGAGUACUAAAAAACCAAGAUGAUACGACUAAAAAGUUUAAAAAUGCAAUUGGAUACAAUGGACUAUGGACCAAGGGCAUUGUCUAUUUUAAAAUAGACAAGUCUUACAGUAAAUCGGAAAAGGAUUAUAUAGUUGCGUGUUUGGAAGACUUAGAAGGCAGAUUAUCUUCUAACAAAGAUAAACCAAAUUGCAUCAAAUUCAAGAAAUACAAAGCUGGAGUGCGAAACUAUCUCGAUAUAAAGAAUGGCGGUGGAUGUUCCUCAUUCGUGGGAAUGCUUGGAAAAAAUCAAACGGUGACCCUCAAAGCCAAAGGUUGCCUGUAUCAGAUGGGUACAGUGCAACAUGAGAUUAUUCACGCCCUUGGAUUUUACCACGAACACAGUCGUCCGGACAGAGAGGAAUUCAUUAAAAUUAUUUGGGAAAACAUUAAAACAGGUUUCAGUAGCAACUUUGAUGUCAAGCGCAGUGCUAAAACGCUUGUCCCCUAUGACUAUGAGAGUGUUAUGCAUUAUAAACAGAAUGCCUUCAGUAAAGACCCCAGGUAUCUCCGUACCAUACAGCCGAUACAGCCCAGAAAGGAGGUGGGUCAGAGGAAUGGAAUAUCAGAUUUAGAUACGCUUGAGAUACAACGUCUGUAUCACUGUGAAGAAACAGUUGAAAUUGAUGAUUCUCUUAGUGGUAGGGAUGGUUCCAAUGCUGUAACUCAUGCGCCCCCCGAGGGUCCAGCAAAAUUAAAGGCUUUGCAUUGUACAGUUGAUGCAUCUGAAUCAAAGGUUCCAUGUAGUAUACGAGAAAUAUCAGAACCGAAAUUGUUGAAAAAUGAGUCGUGUAGUAGUGGACAUUAUCCCAAAUUUGAACGAACUACGUGGAACUGGCUAGGUGGAUAUUAUUGGUAUAUGGAUGGUGAUAUGCUCAAGGAUAAUGACACUGCGCAGCUGGAGUCUGAAGUGAUCCACCCGGGGGAAUAUUGUCUUCAAUUUAGCUACUGGAAUUAUGCAUCUAAAUCAUACAUGAGAGUUUACAUUGAGUAUAAUGAAAUUGGAGAAAAGUACAGCAAGCCCGAUGAGCAAUCCUGGAUAACACCAACAAUACCAUUUAUUGCCAAAAACCGUUUUGUCCUUCAAUUUGUCAUAACUAUUGACAAGACAGUUGUAAAUAACAGGUUUGCAUCAGCGGCAGGUGACUUUGCUCUUGAUGAAAUCAGAUUGGCACCAAUCGUUCGUGGAGAGUGCAAAUAUCCAAGCUGAUUUUCACACGAAAUAAAUAAUUCACUGUUUAUUAUAAAUCAGCAUGUUAUGUUACUCGUUAUUAUUAUAAAAGAGAAAAGUAUAAACUCUCUGGAGAAGCAAAU